GUAAAGAGCAGUAAAAAUAGUAUCUAUUUGUCGAAUGUCUUGAAUUAUCGAUUAUGUGAGUGUGGAAAUCUAGGUUGGCGUUUUGAUUUGGCCAUGUCUAUUAUUUCCGGAAUCCGGGAGAGCAUUUGGGAAAACGUGAAUGUGUAUAAACUGAUCGAAACCACCCCGUAGAGCGCAGUCGCUAGUUUCGGGAUUUUGUUGCCUUCUGGGGAACAGAAAGUAGUAGGUAUGUGUGAGAUGCGAGGGUGUAGGCAAUCGAUCAGACCAGAAAGGCCUUAAAGUGCCAUUCCCAUACAGAGCAAGAAUGAACGACACUCUUAAAGCAUCGACACAAUAAAGUUUAUUUCGAAUGUUCGAUCCGAGUCACAAAUCCGAUUGUUUGGUUUGUGCUGCCUAUUCGCGAUGGCUUCAGAGAAAAGUGAACACAAUCAUAGGCUCAUCUUACCAGUACCUAUGUACCACAGCGAUUUCAACAUUUGGUCGGUGUUAAAGAAUUGCAUUGGAAAAGAACUAAGUAAAAUAACAAUGCCAGUUGUCUUCAAUGAGCCCCUCAGCUUCCUCCAGAGGAUGGCCGAAUACAUGGAAUACGCACACGUCUUGAGGAUUGCGGCUAAGCAAACGGAUCCCGUAACGCGAAUGCAAUACGUUGCUGGAUUUGCUGUCAGCGCGUUAGCUUCUAAUUGGGAACGGCUCGGGAAACCGUUUAAUCCAUUACUGGGUGAAACUUACGAGCUUGAAAGGGAAGAAUUCAAGAUCGUCUGCGAGCAGGUCAGCCACCACCCACCCGUUUCCGCUUUCCACGCUGAAGGCGCGGAUUGGGUCUUCCAUGGUUCUAUUCAUCCCAAGCUCAAAUUCUGGGGCAAAAGCGUGGAAAUCUCACCGAAGGGCACGGUCACAGUGGAAUUUCCCAAAUUGAAAGAGGCAUACACUUGGACCAACGUUCAAUGCUGCGUGCACAACAUCAUCGUUGGAAAAUUAUGGAUGGAGCAGUAUGGCAACAUGGAGAUUAUCAAUCACACCACCGGUCAUAAAGCAAGCUUGACCUUCAAGGCAGCCGGGAAUAACUCCAAGGAUCUGCAUCAUGUCGAAGGAUUUAUCACUGAUAAAUCCAAACGCAAACUCUUUUACCUGUACGGUAAAUGGACCGAAUUCUUGAAGUGCUGUGACUACUCUUCUUAUGAAGAAUACCUCAAAGAGAAUUCACACAAAUUCAAGAAGGACGGCGAUGGUCGCAGCAAGAGCCCCAACGAUUCUCCUUCUCAUACUCCAAGAAAGGUUUUGCAAAAAUUGAACAGCUUGAAAGUUGGACCAUUCAAAUCGUCCCAGCAUGAAAGCGUCGACGAGGCUAAUCCACCUGAUCUUUCCGACGGAACGGUUCCAAAAAGCGAUUCCACAUAUUCUAUUGAUAUACCUAACUCUAUUUCCAUAUGGAAGGUUAAUCCAAGGCCUAUCCAAAGCGCAGAUUACUACCAGUUCACGGACUUUGCUAUGUCUUUGAAUGAAAUAGAAUCUGGAAUGGCCACAUCACUCUGCAAGACGGAUUCUCGAUAUCGACCAGAUAUAAGGAAACUUGAGCAAGGUGAUAUCGAUGGAGCAGCUAUUGAGAAAACUCGUCUAGAGGAAAAGCAGCGAGAUGCUAGCAAGGCACGCAAGAACAAGAAAACCAACGAUUGGAAUCCAAGAUGGUUUCAACAAGGGCAGAAUCCUUACAACAAACAAGAGGAUUGGCUCUACAAUGGAGAGUAUUGGAAGAGGCAAUUCAGCGGCCAAGUGGAUAUAUUUUAAAUAGUAGAAAAUUGCGGCUAUUGUCACUAGAUCCAGAAAACAUUGUGUAGAUUCUUAGAAGAGGGUAAACUUAGUUUAGCCGUCGACAGAAAGAAUAGCAGUAGGCCAUGGUGGAUAAUAUGGUAUAAAUCCUUACCAGACAUGGUACUUAGUUAUAUCAUGUGCCAACAUGCACAGAAUUUCCUAGUUAGUCUAAAUUUGAAUAAGAAUAAAGGAAAUGUGUAAACAUUAUACACCAAUAUUCUAAGAUCAGCUUAAGGAUAGACCUUUAUUGUUAACCAACGCUUAUAUAUAACCAUAUUGAGCAUGGUCAAGGCCUUUACUGGCGCACGAAGAAAAGGAAGAGAACAGCACUAAGUCUUGAUUUUCUUUAAAUGUAGUAGUGGGCUAUAGAAGUUUGCCCAAAUAUGUAUGUGUCUAGCAGAAUACUCGUGUUGCAAUAUGAGUAUGCGAAACACUGGCCUCAUAAGUGAAAUAAACAUUUUAAGAAUAUAUGGAUAAAAACUUAGGUAGUAAGGAGUUAUAUUAUAUAUGUAUAGUUGGAAUAUCAUAUUCAGCUUUAAUGGAUAUGUAUGUGGACAAAGUCAAUAUUUUGGGGAACAUGUUAGAACAUAUUGUUGUUAGAUACUAUAUGGUUUACAAAGCGUGUAAAU